GGCGGUUUAAGCGCUAGCGCUAAUUUCUUCCGCACACUCAGGUGCUUUGUAAAUUUAGUUCGUGGGUAUGGGGCUUCGUAGUUCUAUUUAAUAGCGCAACGCCGCAGACCUCCCUUUGUUCUAAUAGUAGGCUCAUUACCAUGAGUAACCGCUCGUCACCACCUCAAAGGCCUCCAAUUGUUACGCCUGGUACAAAUGAACCGCAGUUACUCAGAGUGGUCUUCGAUAUCGACCCAUAUGCCAUUCCGUCUGCAUCCAUCAGGAAGCAAUCAAAUUAUGCCAUAUUAUCUGGUGGCUUGGGCGAUAUCUGGAAGUGCUCAAUGAUCACUGGUCCGGCGUCCUCUACUGAGGUUGCUGUCAAAAAUAUCAGGAUAGCGGACACGCGCGACGAAGACGCCAUCCAAAAAGCGAAGAGGAGACUUCGCCGCGAAGUAGCAGUGUGGAUCAAACUGAGGCAUGCGCACGUUCUCACUCUUCGUGGCACGGUCUCCGGGUUUGGACCAUUGCCUGCUCUUGUUUCUACGUGGAUGUAUAACGGGGCACUUGAUGGUUACCUGAAGCGCACGAGCCUCACCAUGGAACAGAAACUAAAGCUGUUGAAACAGGUGGUGGAUGGCUUGAGAUACCUUCAUGAACAGAGAGUAAUUCACGGGGAUCUGACCAGUACAAACGUUGUGAUCGACCGGGAUGGCAAUGCAUUUUUGGCAGAUUUCGGUCUCUCGUUGGCUCUCGCAGAGAGUGACAGAUCGUACUACCAGUCGUAUUCGAAAGGCGCUGUCCGGUGGUUAGCGCCCGAAUUGAUCAGCUCACCGGAUCCAGAAAGCAUUCCAGGUGACAGUAACAGCGCCAUCGACAUCCCGAAACCGAACAGUCAGAGCGAUGUGUUUUCGCUCGGUUGCAUCAUGCUACACGUUUUCUCGGGUAGACCUCCCUUCUGGUGGCUUAAUAAUGUUACACAGAUAUUCGGUGCUCAGUUCAACCAUGUAGAGCCAUAUCGGCUCGAACCCAGUGUGACUGUUAGCCGCCAGCAUUUGGGUUUCAUGCGGAAAUGUUGGUCAGCCAAGCCCAAGGAUCGUCCUUCCACUGGGGAUGCUGCUUCCUUUGUGGAAAACGAGCUGAACAGUGCCAGAUCUUCCCUGUCCAACUAA